AUGAGAAUUCUUGAAGAAACAAAGCCUGGAAACCAAACCACCGUUACUCACUUCUUACUUUGGGGGUUUGGCCUACGUGGCAAGAUGCACCUCCUAUUUUCCAUAGUGAUUUCUGUCACAUUCCUGGUCACCAUGAUAGGUAACUCUCUAAUUGUGGUGAUCACAGUCAUUGACUCUGCCCCGCAUACUCCCAUGUACUACUUCCUAAAGAAUCUCGCCUUGACAGAGAUCUGCUACAGCUUGAGUAUUGUCCCCAGGAUGCUCUUGAUUCUGCUGGGGGAGAGAAAAAUUAUUUCCUUCCCAGCUUGUGCCUUGCAACUCAGUUGUGCUAUACUUUUUGUCAUGUGUGAGUGCUUUCUCUUAGGUGUAAUGGCUUAUGACCGACAAGUGGCAAUAUGCCACCCACUGCAUUAUGGCACCAUGAUGAACAGGGACCUCUGCUUCAAGAUGGCUGUUGGGUCUUGGCUCUCUGGGAUACCAGUUGCUCUGGUCUUCCCCACAUGGCUGUUUACUCUGCCCUUCUGUGGGAGAAACAAGGUGGAUCAUUUCUUUUGUGAUGUUUCUCCCGUGUUGAAGCUGGUGUGUGCAGACACAGCUUUGUUUGAACUACUGAUUUUUAUUUCUACAGUCAUAAUAGUGAUGAUCCCCUUUUCACUGAUCAUUAUUUCUUACCUUCUCAUUAUUCAUGCUGUUCUUCAGAUACCCUCAGCCAUGGGCCAGAGGCAGGCCUUUUCCACAUGUACAGCUCACCUGGUGGUAGUAACUCUUUUCUACAGCACAGCAGGCAUCAUUCACUUGCGUCCUAGGUCCAGCCUCUCAAGCAAUAUGAAGAAAAUGGUUUCCCUCUCUUACACAGUUGUUACGCCUAUGAUCAACCCCUUCAUCUACAGCUUGAGGAAUCAGAAGGUCAAGCAAAGCCUGAGGAAAUGCAUCAACAAGAGGCUGCUUGGGAAGCAGAUGAUCUUUUCUCUGUCCAGCUCAUGA